AUGUACAUUGCCGCUUUGGUAGCGGUCUGCAGUGCAGCGAAAUUAGACCGCACCUACCUGCCACCGGCGACCGCCAAGACAUCGGGAGGCAGUUCUGGCGACUUAUUUACACCAAACUUAAGAGACUCUUUUCAACCAGGGCGAAGUGGAUUACCGAAGGGGGCUGAGGAAAACGAAUUUGAUGGGGUUGUGGUGGAAGCUGCGGCUUCUGGGACAAGAGUCUCAAAUCUAGGCGAGAGUGGAUUGGGAGGAUCCAGAACAUCCUACGGUUCAACUCACUCCAAAGUUGGUGAAGCCGCCUUUAAAACGAUUAAUCAUCAGGUGCCUGUUAUAGAUGGACAAAGUGUCCAAGCCACAGUAGAUUCUCAAACGUCACAUAGCUUCCAUCAAAGUGCUCCAUCAGACUUUAUUAGACCGCGUCCCCAGUCCGCAAUAGAACGGGCGUCAAGUACAGUGCGCUUCGAAAACAAUAUAGGAUCGCAAGCUUACAAUUACGCCUUCGAAACUGAGAACGGCAUAACAGCGGUAGAGAAUGGUGUUGCGAUAAACGGAGUCCAGGCGGAAGGUGGCUUCUCUUAUACCGGUGACGAUGGGAAAUUCUACAAAAUCACCUAUACCGCAGGCGAGGGGGGCUAUCAACCAAAAGGAGAUCAUCUUCCAACUCCACCACCUAUUCCUGAUGAAAUCCUGAAGUCACUGGAGCAAAACGCAAAGGAGGCUGCAGCGGGAUUGGAGGACGAUGGCUCGUACGAUGCCGCCAAGUACAAUACAGAAGACGACUACACAAAAACUGACAGCUCUAAUAGUGGACAACUUGCUUUCGGAAAGAAGCCUGAAUUGAAUGGCGACCGGGAGAAGAAUUUAACGGACCCCGACAACCGCCGAGUUUCGAUGAAGCGUCUGGUUAUCAUUACUAAG